GUUCUGUUCUGUUGUGGCUUUUCGAUCUCUCUUUCUUUCUUUCUUUCUUUCUUUCCGCUCUAAUAUUUAUCAGAGCCCCGACGAGAGAAAGAGGAAGAGAAAGAAAAUCGCGCGUGAAAAGACCAUUUUGCCCCCCCCCCCCCUCUGGUUCCUCUCUCUCUUAAUCUCUCGCUUCUGAUUUUUGUGCGGACCACCAUGAACGAGAAGGCCAGCGUUACCAAAGAGCUCAACGCCAGGCACAGAAAGAUUCUUGAAGGACUUCUUAAAUUGCCAGAAAAUAGAGAAUGUGCUGACUGCAAAGCUAAAGGUCCAAGAUGGGCUAGUGUGAAUUUAGGCAUCUUUAUAUGCAUGCAAUGUUCUGGGAUCCAUAGAAGUCUUGGGGUACACAUAUCAAAGGUGCGGUCUGCUACGCUUGACACAUGGCUUCCAGAACAGGUUGCGUUUAUUCAAUCAAUGGGAAACGAGAAGUCAAAUAGUUACUGGGAAGCAGAGCUACCACCAAAUUACGACAGAGUUGGAAUUGAGAAUUUUAUCCGUGCAAAGUAUGAAGAGAAGAGAUGGAUUGCAAGGGAUGGAAAACCAAAAUCACCAACUAGAGGGCAGGAAGACAAGGCUUCUGUGCAUUGGCAGAGGCCUGGGGAAAGAAGUGGGCAUGGCCAUAUUUCUAGUUCUGAAAAUACGUAUGAGGAAAGGAAGAUCACUCGACCACCUAGUACUAUUGCUACAAGAAUUAGCCUUCCUGUUCCACCAAAAGGACCUGAGCAGGUUACUCCUGUUCCAAAGCCUCAACAUGUUGAGAAAAUAGAGUCAGCAUCGGCAGUGGCCCAAGAUGAAGCUACAAAGCAGGCUUUGGAUGCUGCUUCUGUUGUAUCUCCACCAAAAGUUGACUUUGCUACUGACCUUUUCGACAUGUUAUCCAUGGAUGGUCCAAGUGAAAAUGGCUCAGAGGCAGCUUCACCUGAUGAUAAUGUUUGGGCUGGUUUUCAGUCUGCUGAAGAAGCAUCAACAGCUGAGAAAACUGGUCCGACAAAGCCAGUUGAAAGUAGCCCCCAGUCAGCUUCUGGAAUUCAGGAUCUUUUUCUUGAUUCACCCUCAGUAAUGCCUCCAGUUUCAGAGAAACCCAAGAAAGAUGUAAAAAAUGAUAUUAUGAGCCUUUUUGAGAAGUCAAAUAUGGUGUCUCCAUUUGCUCUGCAUCAACAACAACUUAUGAUGCUGGCUCAGCAACAGUCCCUUCUCAUGGCUGCUGCAGCUAAAUCUGUUGGUGGGGACCCAAAAGUUAUUGGAAGUACUCAACAACCUGGGUCAAACGGUAGUAUGAAUAUCCCUACUCAAAGUUGGGCAAAUGCUGGCUACCAGAUUCCUGGGAUGAUAAUGCCUGUUGGUGGGCAGAGUGAACUACAGACUCUCAUGCAGACCAGGAACAUAGGACCAGCACAUCCUGUGGGGAGCUCUGUUCCAUUUCCUACAUCUAGCCUUUAUUCUAUAGGGCAAGCUACCCCAGUUAAUGGCGCCACAACCACUGGAGUGAGUAAACCUCAAUCAACAUCUACAGUAUCAUCUGUUCCUCCUACUCAGUCAGCGAAGGAUUAUGAUUUCUCCUCCUUAACACAAGGGAUGUUUGCAAAACAGUGAGUGGCCUUAGGGGUGACAAUGCUUGCUUUCCCUUACUAAUACAAAAAUAGUUGAAUUACAGGAAAAUAGCACUUGGAGUUUUCUUACCUGUACUCGGGGUUGUAAACCAUUUGUAGAGGCAGUUCAUUUUUCUUCUUGUCUGAGUGAUUGCUUCAUUUGUAUGAUUAGGUGUAUCUGGAGUAAUAAAAAUGAGUUUAGAUUUAUUUUGAAUUA